AUGAAAUUCACUUAACUUCUUAGAUGGACUGCAACAGAUGGCAAAAAUUUAUUAAUGAGAUUGUUUUAUUUCACAUACAUACCAAUUAUUUUGAUUUUAGGUAAUCAAUAUCAAAUAAUUUAUUAGGUUAUAAAUCAAUGAACAUUUAGGCAUUAUUCCCUCAAUUAGCAUCUAAAUGA